AUAGAUAGAUAGAUACGUGUGUACGUGUGCGCGUUUUUCCAGAGCCUCCUCAUGCUCAUAGUAGUAGUCAGGACGCGGCGCAUUUCUGGUCGACAGUUGUUCACAAAGAGUGGUUAGAAGCGGUCGCUUUUCGUCGUCUCAGUCUCAGUGAUCGAGCUCUCCUCUCUCGCGAUACCCAACAACCACUCUCCUAGUCCUACAAACUUGAAACAAGUUUUCACAUUUUUUCUUUUAUAUUCCGACAUUAAAUCCAUAGACCGACUUUACAUUAUAUAGAUAUAUAUAUAUACACACAUACAUAUCUAUCUCGUAUAUGUUACAUACGUUGGAACAUUUUCCGAAUCGGUGUGUAUUAUUUAUUUCGGAUUCAGUUAUACAGUUGAUAGAAUACGAGGAAGAGGCCAAUCACUAAUUGGAUUAAAAAAGAUACAAACGAAUCACACAUACAGCAAGUGUGGAUACAAGGUGAACAAGGUGUCUGUUGCGGUGAAAUGAUGUUCAAAGUUUUACGCAAGUGCCGUAUGUUAUAAGAGGAAACAGAAACGUUUCUUUUUUUUUCGAACCGAAUAAAUACGAACAACGAUAGCAUCGCAGGUGAUUCAUUCGGUGGCUAUCAAUCACUAUGACCGAGGAUACCGUGGAUGCGCCGAUUCUGCUCGUGCCUUCGAAACCACCAAAGAAGAUGCCUUCCAUCGAGGCGCUGAACAGCGAAAUGCCUGGAAGAAUUUACCAUAAGGAAAGGGGCAAGAGGGUCCUGAAAUCAUUCCUGAAUAGGCUUAGGUUGAAACGCUGUGCCAGCGCAACGAUCUCCCAACCAGAUCCUACCUACAAGGUGGCGUACCUAGGAAACGUCGUUACUGGCUGGGCCAAAGGUGAAGGUUGUGUGGAGAAGCCGUUAGCGACCCUCUGGCGUAAUUACACGCAAUCCUCCCGUCCAGACGUCCGAAUGCAGUUGAGCGUUAGCGGGGGCGGUUUGAAGGCAACCACCCGCGAUCAUGGUCUUACCGAGUACUGGGCUCAUCGGCUGACCACCUGCGCUGCCCCAUCGCAGUUCCCUCGUCUCUUUUGCUGGGUCUAUAGACACGAAGGGCGUCGCCUAAGACACGAACUGAGAUGUCAUGCCGUGCUAUGUCCAUCCGCUUCCGUUGCCAGACAAAUCGAAGCGAAAUUGAAGGAGUCUCUGGCUCUAGCAUUGACGGAAUUUCGAAGGGACAAGAUUUCCAAGCAGAACGCCCGCCUCUCGCUCGUAAACUCGGUAUACGAGAACCCAACGAUCCCGAGGCGCAAGAUUCUUCUAAGCACAGGUUCAACGAAUUACCGACCUCCUCUGGAGCGAUCCAAAUCUGCUCCGAAGUUGACCAUGAUCGAGGAGAAUCUAGAGGAAGAUGAGGAAAUUUUCGAGGGUCGUCCGCGGAACCCCAAGAUUCUGAAACAUUGUGAUAGUGUUGGUGCAAUAUUAGAAAAGAGGAACAGUUUGAGGAAUAUGCUCAAUUCUACCAAAACGAUAUUCCCGAUCGACGAAUCAGAAGCGGACGAGAAAAUGUUCGAGUAUUCGAUGGACGACAGGAGCGAGUUAAUACUCGGUAAGCUAGUCGAAGAUACGUUUGCGAGUGAUCUUUUAGAAUCUUGUAACAUGGGCAACUGGUUAAGAAACUACGAGAAACCUGACGACGAGGGCUCAUUGUCGAGCGGUUGCGAAAGCGCCAGCACCGUAACCUCAGACAAUGAUCAACCGGGCUUCACAGUCAUCUUGGAGGAACUCGACGAAGAGUCGGAAAAUAAAAAGGCUGAACUGGACUUCAAGGUCGGUGGUUGCGUGCUCUCCCGCGUGAAAAGUUUCGAGAAAACCGGCAAGUAUUGCACGCUGAACAACAACUUGCUGGAGCCGGACGAGGUAUCCCUCAUCCCAGUCGGCGAAUCGCAUCCAGACUUUAGUUCGUUGAAAGUGUUUAAGAAAAGGUGUUCUCUCACGGAUCGGCCUUUCGACGAAGAGGAAGGUUCGGAGGAAGAGAACGGUAGCGCCUGCAGCGACGAGAGCGGCUACGACGAAGUCAUAGACUGCGCCAGCUCCGUUGCAAAUAUUGUCUUGGUCUAAUUCCACUGGACCCACUUAUAUUUUCAAUUUUAAAACAAAAAAUAAUCCAAAGAGUUUCCAAUAUUAUUCAAUAAUUAACAAAACUAAUUAUAGCUUAGUUUGUAAACAGAGAUACAUUUAUUAUUGUGACUGAUACAUAUUGCUACAUUACUUUUGGUAAUUUCCCAAUUGAUUAUUAGCGGUUUAUUGAAACUAAA